CAACGACCUGUUGCUGCUGCUGCCGCCGGAGCUGCCGGAGCCGCCUCGGCAUCAUGUCGUCUAUUUCCAGGGGGACGUGCAGAACUAUCGUGACGUUAUGGCCUGCCAUCCAGAAAACUUUCAAUGGGAGUGCUGGAGUUUAGAAAACAUUGCUACUAUACUCGCUCGCCGAUUCCCUAAUAGUUAUGUUUGGGUUGUAAAAUGUUCCCGGAUGCAUCUGCACAAAUUCAGCUGCUAUGAUAAUUUUGUGGCAAGCAAUUUGUUUGGAGCACCAGAACACAGCGGUGACUUUGGAGCUUUCACACACCUUCAUGCGUUGCUAGUUAAUGCAUUCAGUAUCACCCAGAACAUUUUGCUGUCCCAAAAGAGUAUGUAUAGUUUCAACACGGAUGAAACAAUAGCUGUUUGUAAGUCAAAAUCUGUUCCUACUACAAAUGGCUGUCCAGCAUCAGAGACAGAGAGAAAUUGGGAACAUUCUGAUAAUUCUGCUAUGAGUUUUGGUACACCAUCUGCUAUAGGUGAAACAUCAUUUACUUUGAUUGGCUUCAGUAAAGGUUGUGUGGUUUUGAACCAGCUGCUUUAUGAGUUAAAAGAAGCUAAAAAGGACAAGAACACAGAUGCCUUUAUAAAAAAUAUAAGAGCAUUUUACUGGCUGGAUGGUGGUCACUCUGGAGGAAGCAAUACUUGGGUUACUGACCCUGAAGUGUUGAAAGAAUUUGCAGAGACAGGGAUUGCAGUUCGCUCAUGUUACACCUUACCAAGUGUUUGAUACAAUGAGGUCAUGGAUUGGGAAGGAGCACAAGAAAUUUUUGCAGAUUCUUGAAGAAUUUGGUGUGCAAGUAAAUAAACUGC